CAAUAAAAAUCCCAAUAUAACCACAGGAGAAAGAUAAAACCUCCCGUUUCUCUUUCUAUGUCUAUUUUUUCAAACCAAUUCUCUUCAAUGGAAAAAUCGUCUCGAAAAACCGAUCUUCCCGAUAAGGCCAUGACCAAGUCGGAUUUGGCUGCCGCGCAGCAGCUGAUGCAGCUUAGCGACGAAGAUAACAAAAACAACAGCAGCAGCAGCAGCAGCAGCAGGAUCAACAAGAACACUAAGCACGAGGGUGAGGAGGUUGAUCAGAGGCCGUUGAUCAAUGUGAUCACUUGGGCAAAGAUUGAAGAGAUUUUUGGUAAAGAAGAAGAUGUUGAUCAGCCCAAGAAGCGAAGAUACCGGUCUCUUGCGAGCAUUUAUCUGACGAGCAAACCAGUGAAUGCAGGAUCAGCACAUGGGAAGAAGUACACUUGGUUCAAGGUGAAUGACUCAAACUACAAACUGCAAAUGAUUUGUCCUCAUACCUCAUCAAAUCAAGUCACAUUGUUCGUUACAAGCAACAUUACAGAGAACUCCAACCAGCAGCUCCACCAUGUUAUAAUUCACAGAGUUGAAGUGCUUCUGGAAAAAAGUCCUCUUCUUGUUUCAGCAACUCGUAGUCCUUUGGGGAAGACGAUGAUGACGUGGAUGCGUAAGGAAAUGGGUUGGUUCGGAGGAGGUAGAGAUUGGUUCGGGCUCUUUCUGGUGCAGUCUCUGAACCAAGGGGUCUUUGCGAUCGUUGACAUAAAAGUCAACAUAGAGCCGACAUGAGCAUUGAGAGUCAUGACUCGUGAGGCACAUUAAAGC